AUGGACGAAUAUACAUAUACGACUGGACCUAUAGUUCCAAGAUCACAAUCACUCAUACCUAAUCCAUCUUGUUCUUCGUCGUUGACCGUAUCAUCACAAUUACCGAUUAGGGCAUCAAGUAUAAGUUCUAUCUGCAGUAGUUCUUCUUCAUCAGCUACUACUACCGGUGGAUACACCAACAAAAGAUCACGUAGAUUGUCAAGGAAAUUACCUCCUGCAUGGACUGAAUCGUUAGAGAAUUUGUCCAAUCAACAUACAUAUACGUCUUCAUCAUCUAUUCAUAGUGGAAAUAAUAUCUCACCUAUGUCUAAGACAAUUUCGUUACCUGUUCCUGAAUCAUCUGUAAUAACCGAUUUCGGUGGUUUCACUAUGAAUACCAAUACCAACGAUUCCAGUAGACCAUAUGUCUUAGAUGUCGAUCGACCAAUUAUGGAUAAACCAACACAAGGUCCUCUGAGAAUAGAUCGAUCAUCAUCAUCUUCUUCGUCAACUUCUGAUUCUUCAACAUUCGAUACCAAUAACUUGUUCACCACUACCUCUGCAACCCAAACGAGUUCUCCUUUGAAGAAGAAAUCAAUCAAAGCAAAUUCAAUCAGUGGACCUUUCACUGCUUCUCCUGGCCAAACACCUGUAACCAAUACCAACAACAUGAGAAUGUUCAAAUCAUCGUCUAAAUCAUCUUCUUCACGAUCUGAUAUCCUCUUGACACCCAGACAUUCUCACUAUCGUCAAUCUUUGGAUUCUUCAUUACGCUGUUCUGCAUCGGGAUCUGGAUCUGGAUCAUGUGGCACUUGGUCGUUGUUUGAUGAAGCUCAAUUAGAAGAUUCACUUUCGAUCCGAUCUUCGACUAAAUACAAGGUCAAGAAAGAAACCAGGAAAGAAAAGAAAGAAAGGACUAAAAUGGAGAAAGAAUCAUUCGAUCAAGAUACUCCGCCAAAUCAUAGGAUGCUUUUCGAAGCUAGUUUAUUGGAAGUCAUAGAUGAACAAGGUAAAAGGAGAAAAUUCGGUGAUCUAGUCAGAGGAAGAAAAACCAUUGUCAUUUUCAUUAGACAUUGGUACUGUCCACUCUGUGCUCAAUACAUGAAUUCGAUCUUGACACAAGUCAGUCUCGAUGCAUUGGAAGAAGCCAACGUUGAUCUUAUCAUCAUCGGUAAUGGCUCCGACAAGAUGUUGAAUGGUUAUCGAAACAAAUCAUUCAGAUGUCCAUUCAAGAUGUACACCGAUCCUACAUUAGCAUUAUAUCGAGCUUUGGGACUGACUCGACAGACCGGUGACGGUGGAGACGAUGAUGAUAAAGGAGAUUAUCUAGUGCAAUCAGCCAUGGAAUCCACGUUACAAACCAUCAAAAGAGCGACUAAAAUGCCUUUAAAGAAUCCAGGUCAUUUCACCCAAUUAGGCGGUGAAUUCAUCUUUGAUGGAACGCUAAAUGUCACUUACACACAUCGAAUGACUACCACAAGAUCACAUGCUCCUAUAAGAGACAUAUGCGCUGAGGCGGGUGUGAGAUUAGAAUUCAUCCAUUAUGAACCUGGACCACCUCCACCUCCAGUCCACAGGCACUCCUUCUUUGGAUUAUCGACAACACAAGAAGAACCUUCAGCUGAAAUAAGUGAGAGAGAUCAAUGGCAAAAACAGAGAGACGAAACUAUAAAUAGGAUCAAAGCCUUGAAACUCGCAAGAAGAGAAGGUUUGAAAUCUCUAGAAGGUCAAGAUGGUUUGGUAUUUGAUAAAAGAUCAAAAGUAGUCGAUAAUGUCAGGAUCGUAGGUCAGGAUGUGGACGAAGAUGAGGUCGUCAUGAGUUUCAGUGCUUUAGGAAUCGCAGCGUAA